CUUAGCUCUUUGUUGGGUAGGUGCGGCUGCUUCGAGGUUGGAGUAGCAGUGGACGCUAUGCUCUCGCCCGCGGCCGAGCCUGGUUUCUUCCCAGCAGAUAUGGCCCGGUCAGACAAGGAAAUCUCCUUCGGUAAGGUGGCCUUUCAGCGAGGCGCUUCUUGGGCAAGCACUGACGUCGAUGCAAGCCCACUGAGGAACCUGUCACCUAUGUCAUUACCGGACGCAGAGCUGGCAGACUUUCAGGCGAAGUCUCCCGUGGAACAACAGGACCGUGCAAAUCGUUCACCAGCUCGCAAGCCCAUGUCCUGUCGCCUUACGAAGCAGCGCGCCCUAGCACUGCAAGUGGAGCUGCUUGGUGCGUUUAGCUCGGCACGGUUCCAGAAGAAGUUGCAGGCACUGAUCAGGAAAGACGCUGACAAGGACAGCAGCGACUUCCACAAGAGCCUGCGGAAGAUCAUGCGGAAGCCCCAGCGGGAGAUCAUCGCGCAAUAUGGCUUUGACCCGUCGGAGGAAGGCAUUGAGGAGAUGACGCAGGCGCUCAAGGAGCUCGAGGAUGAUUCUGACAUCUAUGUGAAUGCCAUGGCCAUCGAGGAGGCACUGUACAGCUCGCUUGAGGUUGCCCAGGAGAAGGAGGUCCCAAGCGAGAUGGGCACGAGCUGCCCGAAGCCAGACACCAAGCCGGCCAUCUACCUUCUGCUAAGGAGCCUGCCCCCAG